AUGCACGGCGUCACGUCCUGAGCCACUUCGCCCCAUCCACCCCCCACAAGAUCCAUCCGAGGGAAAGGCGCUGUCGCUGUGAGCAACCCCCAAGCCCAGAGGCGGAGCCUGCCGCGGUUUGAAUCCGCCCACAAAGAAAGGACUCUCCCAGCCGUUUUGUUGCGCUUUCGGGGAGGGAGCCUUGCAAACGGUGCAUCAGCGAUCCAACAAAGAUACUUUAAAGCUGCUUUAUUAUUGUUGUGUUAUUAUUUUCCACCCUGGGUUUAGAAGCAGGAGGACGCUGCUCCUUACACCCGGACUUCUGGAACUUAGCAAGGCCCAUUAACUUCACUAGCCGCAACUAUGAUCGGAGGAGGCGUCUCGUCCUCCUCCUCUUCCCAUCGGAUCGAGCCUUUGCUUGCGACGCGGAGCCGAACAGCAUGAGAGAAGGGCCCCCAACGUCAAGGGCAGAGCCCCGCCGGAGCAUCCGGAGCCUCGGACACUUUGCCAGCCCCGGGCAGGGAGGCAGUGGUUCCUCACCAGGAAGCAGGUGUAUUCAGUAACCGCUAUGAAGUGCAAAGGACCUCCGGAGAGCCAGAAACUUGCCUUGGCAAUGGAGCAUGCUCUAGCAAGAGAGACAGAGACUUGGAAGGUGCCAGUCUUCCAUGGUUUCACACUGAAGGGCACGGACAUAUCUCCGUUUUAUUACGAGAAAGCCGUUUUGUGGAUCAGGGAAUCGAGUUCGCUCUUUCAGUUUUGCUCCGAAACAUUUGCUCUGGCUGUCAGCUUUUUCAACCGGUUGUUGGCAUCAGUGAAGGCACAGUUAAAAUACCUCCAGUGCAUUGCAACAGCUUGCCUGGUUCUUGCAGCAAAAAUCAAUGAAGAAGAUGAGUUCCAUGCCAUGGUGAUGUCCAAGUGGCCCCAUCUACUAAAUGGGUUGCCUCAGAGGAAUCCUUCCCGCCAUGCCGCAUUCUUGACCAAGCAGCUACAGCACUGUAUGGCAUGCCACCAAGUAUUGCAGUUUAAGGGCUCCACAUUGGCUUUGGUGAUCAUCACCUUAGAGUUGGAGAGGCUGACUCCUGACUGGUUUCCUGCAAUUACUGAUCUGCUAAAAAAAGCACAGAUCGACAGCACCCAAUUCAUCCACUGUAAAGAGCUUGUUGAUCAGCACCUCCUGGGCUUCAAACCAUCCAAUGCUGUUUAUAUAUUCAACCCUGCAAACCAAAACAUCCAAACUCACUUGAACAAAAGGUUACCCUGCUGUUAUUCCAUAGUGAAGCAAACAACACUGGUUAACUCAGGAGCCAGAGGGAGCUGGCCAGGCCCAUCAGCUUUCAUACUUCUCAGAGCCAAAUCCCAUGAAGAUGACAUGCAGCCUGAUGAAUUCUACGAUGGAUUCAAAUACCUGUACAAUGAAGAUGGGAUCCUGGAAGCUGGGCAGACCAGCAGUAUGGGUGGCAGUGAUAAUCAGAGGCAAGAAGAAAGCAACAGCACUUGUCCACCAUUACAGCCUGUUCCUCAAAUUGACUAAUGAUUUCUGUGUAGCACCACGGGACCAGUUAGUUCCAAAGGCUAUUUCAGCUGUUAGUAGAGCUGUUAAUAAGAAGCACUGCCUAUUUUUGAAACCUUUAACUCUCUACCUUUUAAAAUCCUUCCUGUACCCUGCAUGCCUUUUUUCAUAGAAUCAUAGAGUUGGAAGGAACCCCAACAAGGGUCAUCUGGUGCAACCCC